CAGGGUCCAGCAAUGUCAUUACUGAAGCACCUCCUGCUUCUCCCUGCUCUCCUCCUUCUGUCCACCAUUCCCACAGAAUCUCGAGUGGUGACAUCGAUCACAGACUGUGAUAACUUCUUUCUUCUGCAAACUCCACCACACAUCCCGGGAAUUUUGGAGGCAGGGAACAUACUGGACCAGAACAGAUACAAACUGAUUUGCCAGACUUUACACAACACCACAACAUUUGUGACACUUUAUGACACCCGCAACAGGAUUCCAGUUUUUUCUGCUGCAAAGUACAGAGGGAGCACCUCCGGGAGACCCACGCCUAGAUGGAUGAUUGAACCACAGCUUGAAAACCUAACUGACAAUCCCAAUAUGAGAACAUCUAACGAGAAAAUCAUCUAUGACCUCCAGGCUGGAAACCAAGACUACAGAAACAACUCAGAGUUUGACAGAGGACACUUAUUUCCAAGUUCUUAUGGACAUGCUGUUGUAGAAAAAAAUUCUACUUUCACACUGACUAACAUUGUUCCACAAAGAAAAAAAUUCAACCAAGGAAGCUGGAGCAAAAUGGAGCAGUGCAUCAGAUGUAUUCUGAAUGAAUACUGCAUUAACAACAAUAAACAAAUAGAAGGUUUUGUAGUUAUCGGAGCACAGCCCAGCAACAGAAACAUCCUCAACAAUAGGAUUAAUAUUCCUUCAAUGCUCUGGUCAGCUUUCUGCUGUUACAGUCAUAGUCUUAACACCUGGCUGGCAAGUGCCCACUGGGGUGAGAACGUGGCGGAUGGCCCCACAUAUCUGCAGACCAAGACCUUGGCAGAACUCCACAGAACCCUGGGAGGACAACUUAAAGCAUUUCCUCGAAAAGAGUGUCCUGUUCACACAACUGUCACUAACUUGUACUCAGAACUUCCGCCUACCUGCACUUGCCCACCACUCACAUCAACAUUUCCUUCUCCUACAACAACCGCUACCCCUUCAAGUACAACAUCUGGCCCUUUUACUACCACAUCUGAUCCACCUUCUACCGCAUCUUCUACUUUUAGUACCACAUCAGGGUUUUCCAGAUCUGACUCUCCUAGUACAAGAGCUGACUCCUUUACUACCACAUCUGACCAGACGACAUCUGGCCCUUUUACUACCACAGCUGGCUUUUCCAGUACCACAUCUGGCCUGUCAACUACAACAUCUGGCCUUUCAAGGACAACAUAUAGUGUCACAUCUGACUCUUCUAGUAUCACAUUUGGCCUGUCUAUUGCAACAUCUGGCCUUUCAAGUACAACAUCUGGCCCGUCACAGACAACAUCUGGCCAUUUUAGUACCACAUCUGGCCCUUCAAGAACAACAUCUAGCCUUUCAAGUACAACAUCUAGCCCCUCAAGGACAACAUCUAGCCCUUUUAUUAUCACAUCUGAUCUGCCUUCUACCACACCUUCUACUUUUAGCACCACAUCUGGGUUUUCCACAUCGGACUCUCAUAGAACGACAGUUGACUCCUUUACUGUCACGUCUGACUCUUCUAGUACCACAUCUGGCCCGUCACGGACAUCUGGCCCUUUUAUUACCACAACAGGCCCUUCAAGGACAACAUCUGGCCCUUUUACUAUCACAUCUGAUCCACCUUCUACCAUACCUUCUACUUUUAGUACCACAUCUGGGUUUUCCACAUCUGACUCUCAUAGAAAGACAGCUGACUCCUUUACUGUCACAUCUGACUCUUCUAGUACCACAUCUGGCCUGUCAAGUACAACAUCUGGCCCUUUUACUACCACAUCUAGCCUUUCAAGUACAACAUCUGGCUCAACGACAGCUGACUCCUUUACUGUCACAUCUGACUCUUCUAGUACCACAUCUGGCCUGUCAAGUACAACAUCUGGCUGGUCAUGGACAAAAACUGGCCCUUUUACAACCACAACUGGCCCCUCACGGACAACAUCUAGCCCUUUUACUAUCACAUCUGAUCUGCCUUCUACCACAUCUUCUACUUUUAGUACCACAUCUGGCCUGUCAAGUACAACAUCUGGCCCUUUUACUACCACAACUAGCCUUUCAAGUACAACAUCUGGCCCUUCAAGUACAACAUCUAGCCCUGUUACUAUCACAUCUGAUCCACCUUCUACCAUACCUUCUACUUUUAGUACCACAUCUGGGUUUUCCACAUCUGAGUCUCCUAGAACGACAGCUGACUCCUUUACUGUCACAUCUGACUCUUCUAGUACCACAUCUGGCCUGUCUAUUACAACAUCUGGCCUUUCAAGUACAACAUCUGGCCCGUCACGGACAACAUCUGGCCCUUUUACUACCACAAAUGGCCUUUCAAGUACAAAAUCUGGCCCUUUUACUACCACAAAUGGCCCUUCAAGUACAACAUCUAGCCCUGUUACUAUCACAUCUGAUCCACCUUCUACCACAUCUUCUUCUUUUAGUACCACAUCUGGGUUUUCCACAUCUGAGUCUCCUAGAACGACAGCUGACUCCUUUACUGUCACAUCUGACUCUUCUAGUACCACAUCUGGCCUGUCAAGAACAACAUCUGGCCCUUUUACUACCACAUCUAGCCUUUCAAGUACAACAUCUGGCUCGUCAAGGACAACAUCUGGCCCUUUUACUAUCACAUCUGAUCCACCUUCUACCAUACCUUCUACUUUUAGUACCACAUCUGGGUUUUUCACAUCUGAGUCUCCUAGAACGACAGCUGACUCCUUUACUUACCACAUCUGGCCUGUCUAUUACAACAUCUGGCCUUUCAAGUACAACAUCUGGCCCGUCACGGACAACAUCUGGCCCUUUUACUACCACAAAUGGCCCUUCAAGUACAACAUCUGGCCCUUUUACUACCACAAAUGGCCCUUCAAUACCACAUCUGGCCUGUCAAGUACAACAUCUGGCCCUUUUACUACCACAACUAGCCUUUCAAGUACAACAUCUGGCCCUUCAAGUACAACAUCUAGCCCUGUUACUAUCACAUCUGAUCCACCUUCUACCAUACCUUCUACUUUUAGUACCACAUCUGGGUUUUCCACAUCUGAGUCUCCUAGAACGACAGCUGACUCCUUUACUGUCACAUCUGACUCUUCUAGUACCACAUCUGGCCUGUCUAUUACAACAUCUGGCCUUUCAAGUACAACAUCUGGCCCGUCACGGACAACAUCUGGCCCUUUUACUACCACAAAUGGCCUUUCAAGUACAAAAUCUGGCCCUUUUACUACCACAAAUGGCCCUUCAAGUACAACAUCUAGCCCUGUUACUAUCACAUCUGAUCCACCUUCUACCACAUCUUCUUCUUUUAGUACCACAUCUGGGUUUUCCACAUCUGAGUCUCCUAGAACGACAGCUGACUCCUUUACUGUCACAUCUGACUCUUCUAGUACCACAUCUGGCCUGUCAAGAACAACAUCUGGCCCUUUUACUACCACAUCUAGCCUUUCAAGUACAACAUCUGGCUCGUCAAGGACAACAUCUGGCCCUUUUACUAUCACAUCUGAUCCACCUUCUACCAUACCUUCUACUUUUAGUACCACAUCUGGGUUUUUCACAUCUGAGUCUCCUAGAACGACAGCUGACUCCUUUACUGUCCCAUCUGACUCUUCUAGUACCACAUCUGGCCUGUCAAGUACAACAUCUGGCUGGUCAUGGACAACAACUGGCCCUUUUACAACCACAACUGGCCCCUCACGGACAACAUCUAGCCCUUUUACUAUCACAUCUGAUCUGCCUUCUACCACAUCUUCUACUUUUAGUACCACAUCUGGCCUGUCAAGUACAACAUCUGGCCCUUUUACUACCACAACUAGCCUUUCAAGUACAACAUCUGGCCCUUCAAGUACAACAUCUAACCCUGUUACUAUCACAUCUGAUCCACCUUCUACCAUACCUUCUACUUUUAGUACCACAUCUGGGUUUUCCACAUCUGAGUCUCCUAGAACGACAGCUGACUCCUUUACUGUCACAUCUGACUCUUCUAGUACCACAUCUGGCCUGUCUAUUACAACAUCUGGCCUUUCAAGUACAACAUCUGGCCCGUCACGGACAACAUCUGGCCCUUUUACUACCACAAAUGGCCCUUCAAGUACAACAUCUGGCCCUUUUACUACCACAAAUGGCCCUUCAAGUACAACAUCUAGCCCUGUUACUAUCACAUCUGAUCCACCUUCUACCACAUCUUCUUCUUUUAGUACCACAUCAGGGUUUUCCACAUCUGAGUCUCCUAGAACGACAGCUGACUCCUUAACUGUCACAUCUGACUCUUCUAGUACCACAUCUGGCCUGUCAAUUACAACAUCUGGCCCUUUUAUUACCACAACUGGUCCUUCAAGAACAACAUCUAGCCUUUCAAGUACAACAUCUGGCCCAUCAAGGACAACAUCUGGCCCGUCAAGGACAACAUCUGGCCCUUUUACUAUCACAUCUGAUCCACCUUCUACCGCAUCUUCUACUUUUAGUACCACAUCUGGGUUUUACACAUCUGACUCUCGUAGUACAACAGCUGACUCCUUUACUGCCACAUCUGACCAGACAACAUUUGGCCCUUUUACUACCACAGCUGGCUUUACCAGUACCACAUCUGGCCUAUCAACUACAACAUCUGGCCCUUCAAGAACAACAUCUGGCCCAUCAAGGACAACAUCUGGCCUGUCAAGGACAACAUCUGGCCCUUUUACUACGACAACUGGCUCUUCAAGGACGGAAACAUCUAGCCCUUUUACUAUCACAUCUGAUCCACCUUCUACCACAUCUUCUACUUUUAGUACCACAUCUGGGUUUUCCACAUCUGACUCUCCUAGUACGACAACUGACUCCUUUACUACAACAUUUGACCAGACAACAUCUGGCCCUUUUACUACCACAUCCAGCUCAUCCAGCACAACAUCUGGCCCAUCAAGUACAGCAUCUGGCACUUCAAGUACAACAUCUGACCCACCUUCUACCACCUCCACCUCUGGCUAUUCUAGUACCACAUCUACUCCUACAACUACAGAAACGCUAACUACUAUACAACUAACAACCACUCUCCUUAGCACCACUUUUCCAACAACAACUGAGCUUCAAACUACCAUUCCACCAACAACAACAUUCCCUGCAAGCACCACCAAAAGAACUACAGCUGAAACAACUACUCCAGCUACAACCACUAGAACCACUACUGCAACCACCACAUCCACAACUACAAAGAAGAAAGAUGAGGACAAAGACAAAGACGAACGCAAUACUAGAGGAAAUAAUGGAAGUCCAGGAGGAAAUGUACUUUCACAACUACCUGUUUUAAAAGGCUUAUUUACUGGAAUUGGAAGUGCAUUAUUGGGAAUUGGAGCAACAUCGUUAAAUUCACUAUCAUUGUUAGGAAUUUUGGGUAGAAAAUUCCCUCCAAUCAGUGUCCCACCUGAUGGUAUUCCUAAAGCUACCUCUACUCAUCAUUCAAAAAAUAAACAUCCUUUUGCCAAUUCUGCUCCAUUAAACACUCAUAUAUCUGAUCUAACUCCAACAAGUCCCCACAAAACUGCAGUAAUUCCAGAAAAAGACAGUACUAUUCAUCCAGCAACUACUAACCAACAACCAUCUGUUGUUUCACUGACCCCCACUGAGAGUCCAACAACUACCACACCCCAAAAAACAUCAAGCCAUGCAUACACAACUGUGAAUGUUACAUCAACCCUGUUUUCUAAUGCAGCCACAACUACAACUCAAACAUCAAUCAUUUUGGAGGAAAGUACUACCAAACCUUCUCCCCUUACCGCUGCAGUUUUGGCUAAAACUCAAAUUAAUGGCACCACUAUCAGUGGCAGUGCUGUUACUCCAAACUCAACUGAUAGUCUGAUAACAUUAGAACCAGUUACUACUUCCUAUACAAAAGCAAUAAUUGAACCAUUAACCUCUGCAACAUCUCAGUAUACUGCUCCUUCAGACACCUCUGCUGCUUCUUUAAGUACAGAUCUUCCAUUCAGCUUGUCUUCCAGUCAAAGUAGAACACCUGAUUUUGAAAACGUAAAUGCUUCUCAUCCAACCACUAGUGUUUCUCCAUCCGUUGCUUAUGGUUUCAAUGCCACUCACAGUCUGCCUUCCUUCUCAGCUCCUCCUCCAACCUCCAACCUCCAACCAAAUCCCUCAUUUCUUUUUCCAAAUUCCUCUAUACCAUGCACAUCCAUUGCACAAGUCUUUCACCAUUACCAGAAUGUUCUUGCCUACUACCAAAUGUUAUAUCAAUACCAGAACAGCGGAUAGCUUCAUGCCAGAAUAUCUAUAUUAAUCCCAAAUCACAUGAUUAUAACUAAUGAUUUUAAUCGCUUAGCAAUUAAGAUAAGACAUAAAUAUACACUAGAAUCAAUACUAAUAAACAUAAUUACUUUUGUGAUUUGUUUUGUCUUCAAAAAUUCAAUAUGGUUAUACUCCAAACAUAGCUUGUAACUUUAUUUUCAUAUAGCUCAAAUACAUGUUUUACCAUAUACAGUAUGUUUUGAAUGGCUGCUUUUUUAUUUUAACAUUUAUUUAACCAGGAUAACAGGACUAUUAAGAUAAAAAAAAAAAUUAACACACAAAGACACACACAGUAAAAUACAUGAAUGAAUGUUGUUUUCUUUAUACUAGUUUAAUCACUCUUUAAUGCUAAAUUAUGCAGUUUCAAUUAAUGUACAAUUCAGACUAAAAAACAUCUAGACUUUAAUAAUUGAAUAUGAGGUCAUCAAAUGUGGCUCCAAAGUACCACCUCAUACACCACUUGUAUAGUUUACUUUAGGAAGUAUCAAAUUAUUGUCAAAUCGCAGUAAAUAAUCUGGGAAACAAAUAAAAAAAAACUAAAUUUUUCGUUCUGAUUUACUUAUUAUGUGUUGAAUAUAUAUUGCUUUUAUCUGAACUUAAGACACAAUGUAAGACUACAGCUGGCUUUCUCAAAACACUGCCAAAACACUGUCAAAUCCAGUUUUAUAAGUUGUAGCUAUUUAGGUUGUAGUUGAUUUUUUAUAUUCAGUCACAAGAAAUCUUUUGGUAUGUAUAAAGAUGGAAGCAUCAGUGACAAUUUAUC